AAUAAAAUUAAUGACACACUAGGUUAUAUAUGUUGCAUGCAAUACAAGCAUUUUUUUCAGGGUGAGUAGUACGCCUGGCUCACCGUUAAAAAGAAAACUAAAUUAGCUUGCCGUUUUAGCUAGCUAGCUGUUAAACGGAUCUGCACUUGCGUUAGCUGGCUAGGAAGCAGAACACGAAGCGUGUGGCACCAUGGUGAAGAUAUUCAUCGGCAACCUGUCCCAGGACACCACGGCGGAGGAGCUACGCUCCCUCUUCUCCCAGUAUGGAAAAAUCUCGGAGUGCGACAUCGUGAAGAACUUCGGCUUCGUGCACAUGGACGACAAGGCAGAGGCGGAGGAGGCCAUCCGCAACCUGCACCACUACGAGCUCAACGGCCUGGCCAUGAACGUGGAGCUGAGCCGCAGCAAGUCCAAGGCCUCCACCAAGCUGCACGUGGGCAACAUCAGCAGCAGCUGCACCAACCAGGAGCUGCGCGCUAAGUUCGAGGAGUACGGGCCGGUGGUGGAGUGCGACAUCGUGAAGGACUACGCCUUCGUGCACAUGGAGCGUGUAGAGGAUGCAAUGGAGGCCAUCAGUGGGCUGGAUAAUACUGCAUUCCAAGGCAAGCUGAUGAGCGUGAAGCUUUCGACUAGCCGCCUGCGUACCGCUCCGGGGAUGGGAGAGAGAACGGGGUGUUAUCGGUGCGGGCAGGAGGGGCACUGGUCCAAAGAGUGCCCGCUGGACCAGAACGGAUCCUACGGAGAGGGUCCCAUGGGCCCGGGCGCCAACGGAUUCGGUCCCCCCAGGUUCGGCGGCGGCGGUAGUCGCGGCCGCGGUUUCCCCCGGGGCUUCUCCGGCGACCCCAGCUUCGCUAGCGGCUACGCCCCCGUCCACGCCUUCGGCAGGGGGGCCGGCUACGGCGCGCCCGGGUACGGCAGGGGCGCGGGAUUCGAGGGCGCUGUGAGUUACGGGGUGCCGCCGGGCUACGGCAUGGGGGCGGAGCAUAGCAUGGCCCGCGCGUACGGCGCCGAUGGCGCUUUCGGGACCGCCGGCGGCGGCGGCGCGAGCUACGGCGCGGUACCAGCCUACCCGGUGCGGCGGGCGGCCUACGACGAGCGGGACCCGUACGGCGUCGUGGACUUCUACGAGAAGUACCGGGCGCGCCCCUACGGCGCCGGUUAUUUCGACGAUCGGCGCGCCGUCCCUCUGCCUCCCCCGCCUCCUCCCGCCACCUCGGCGAUCAUGAGGGAGCGUCUGUCGUCGAACGCCCUCGACCCCUACGAGCGUCGCCCCCUCCCUCCGCCGCCGGCCCCCGGCACUGCGUACUACCCACGGGACCGAAGCCCCAUCCGGCGAAUCCCGCCCGAGGGAGAGAACUACUCGUACGAGCGCUCGCGUCUGUCCCCGGUCUCGUCUCUUUCGAGGAGCACCACGUACGACAUGUCGCGGGCCAGGGACCCCUACGCUGACCGGGCGCGCUACGGUUACUAACACCCCCCCCCCCUCUGCCAGGUGAGCCUGCUACAGGACCUCUGAGGGGUACACUCCUAAUUUAGCUCGCCAGGAGUUAGCACCUCACUCCUAGGUAAACUGAUGACCUUCAAACUGUUUAUGUCAGAUUCGCAUUACUGAAUUGGCCUUCAUGGUCUUCGACAUAAUUUACUCGAAAACUCUUGAGGUAACGCAGAUAGCCUGUUGGUAAUUACAGCUCAGAGAUUGGUUAGAUCUCAGAAACGUAAAAUUCAGGAACGUAAUAGUCAAACAUGACCUUCGGCCACGGCCACGGCCACAUAAGCACCCUGUAGCUUCUCACCAAACACAUAGCAGUUGUCGUCAACGACAGGUGUGCUUCUCAGCUGAUUGGGGCUAGCUCUGGGCCGGUAGACUAUAAAUAGUUGCUGGCUUGGAGGCAAGUGUAUCGAGUCCAAGAAUACAGUCACUUCGGCUAUUAUGGUUCAAGUGUGUGUGGGGGGGGGGGGCGGGGUAUAGCAGUUAAAUGAGAGUAUCGUAAAGUUGGGAAAACAAACAGGAAAAAAGGUAGUAAGAAAGGAUAAAGAGAUGCAGUAUUGUAAUCCCAGCCUUUAAACGAGAGGACGCAUGCUUUGGCACCUCUGCCGGGGCGUGUCCUGGAAGCUGAAAACGAUGUUGUUGUCUCUUUUCAGGUUCUUUCCGCGCCGCGCUCCCGCAAACGCGCGCUCACUCGAGGUCUCGUUUCGGCUCGCCGCGUUUCGCCGUUGGCGCGGUUCGGGGGGACGGCUGUUUCACGGACGCAGUGUUAGAGCGCCAUCUUGUC